AUGACGCCGCCGUCAAAACCCAAGAACUUGCCGUUGUUAUAUAAUGUACUACUUAACUGCAUAUUUAAUAAUCCCCAUCACGAUAAAUUACCCUUCAAACAAACCAUCCAAGAAUUGAGUGUGAACCAUAAUGAGUAUACCAUUUUAGUACCUCCUUCAUUUGUACUUGAAGAAGGCUAUGAUCCUGCUACAGCCACGAGCUCCACAAAAGUCUUCUUAAAGAGUUUGUGUUACAACAGUGAAGACUUCAUACGAUCACAUAUAAUUCGGAGUGGAGCUCCUGUUUUCAAUACCACCUCAUCAAAGAAUCAACUGAUUGUCUAUCACACUAUGAGUGGAAAACAGAUCCUUAUAAAGAACGGCAUGGUGUUUACAGGGAAAGGUUUUAAACGAAGUCUACGCUUAGGGAUAUUGGGUUAUGACCAAUUGAAUUCCUUCUGUGACUACUUUCCUAGGGGUAGCAGGUUCAUGCUAAUUUACAUUGAAGAUUCUUUAAUAGACUACAUGGACCCCAGAUUUGUUUCCCAUCUACAAGGUACCUUAACAUCAAACAACCCGGAGGAGAUUUUGCAAAAGAAGAGGAGUGACUCUAUCACGUUUGAGAUGCUUCUAAGAAGUAUACCUCUAUUAUCCAAAGUUGUUUCUGAAAAGUACUAUAAACUCUUCCAUCAUAACAAUCGCAACUAUGAUUCAUUUCGAACCCAUACGAGAAAGAAGUUGUCUUUCAUUAAAAACGAGUUUCAUCGGAUGGUUGAAGAGGCUUAUAUUAUAAUUCUGGAGAGCAUCAAAGAUGACAACCCCGAAUCUGAAAAAACCUAUCAGCUUAUUAAGGACCUACUUGCAUCUAAUCCUGAAAUUGAUUUAAAUAAACUUGUCUACGAAUAUGUGGAGUUGAAUCUCUAUGAUAAAAUGUGGAGCCAAUUACUAUUUCAAUUCAAUUACCCAAACGAUGACAAGCAUGAUUACGACCCCGAAGCAUUGAAAUUCCUUACUCAUGAAAAAUACAACCAAUUAUCGUGUCUUUCGUUGAACCAGUUGGAAGUUCCAAUAGAAGAACCUUGGUUCAUUAACUCUGUCCUAAGACGAAUUUCCUUGGCUAUAGAUGAAUUCUCUCGGUUAUCGGACCCUUCAAUUACAAGUCUGGCUGCUAAAAGGGAGAUCAUCUCUAAGACUGUAACCAUUCUCACAAAAAAAGACACAUCAGAAAACCAGACUACAUAUGAUGAGAAGGAUGAUGAUGAAGACCUAGUGGUUGAUGCAGAUACGCUUGUGGGGAUGUUGAUUAUGGUUGUUGUGCAUUCUAAAGUGGUUAACUUAGAAGCUCAUCUUUAUUAUAUUAAGAAUUUCAAUUCUGAAGAUGUGUCUACAGACGGUUACUUCAACUAUAUUCUAAGCAACCUAGAUGCUGUUAUCUACCAUUUAUCAUCCAGUGACAACGACUCACAUCGAAAAGAACUCACAAGAGCAUCUCAAGAAAAUUAUGAAUUUUGGGCUGCAAUCCAGAAACAGGAUGUCAAAAGGUUGAAAGAUAUCCUUGCAAGUGUUCAAGAACAGUACCCUGAUGGGAAACUUCCAGCUAAAAGUUCUUUGAAAAGUCGAAAUAUAAAUGGGGAAAGCUGUCUUAUGUUUGCAGUUAAAACCAAGAACCCUUAUAUUUUCAACCUCUUGGUGGAUUACAACGAAGCGUGGUUUUCGGUGGAGGACAUACUUUUCAAUAAGAACACUUCCACAGGUCAAAGCAUGUUUGUUGUGUCUUUGAUAGAAGAAGCUCAUGAAAUAUCAAAGAAGAUAACUCAAGUCUUGUUCUCAUCUGCUGAACCCGAAGAACAAAUUGCUUACUUUAACCUGGUAGAUAAUCUCGGCAGAUCUGCUGGUCACCAUCUAUUUCAUUAUUCUGAAAUUAUUGCAACUAUUGGUCCGCUCAUCGAUUGGGAAAUGAAAGAUCUUAAUCAUCACACUCCUUUGUUCAGCAUAUGCAGAUGUUACGAUCAUCUUGAUUAUCAAAACUUGGUAAUUCGAGUUUUUAGAUGCGUAUACAAAGGGCUUCAUGGGAAGGGAAUCAACUUUGACAAGCAUAUGGAUAAAAACGGUAACACUUUGCUCCAUAUUAUUUUGAAAGGAUUGCAAGAAUCCCAAAUCCUCAACGAAGAUUUGAAUUUGAUCAAUGUUAAUCAGGUCAACAACAAGUCUAUGACACCAUUGACAUUGUACGUGAAGUACAGUAGGGCUGAUAAUUUGGAAACGCUUCUAAGUGACAAAAGAAUAUUCUUUUAUCAAGAAGAACCCAAAAACUUGUACAACGUAUUCGACUACUUGAGUUUUCUGGCAGGAAAGCCAACAACCCAAACGAAGGUGUUCAAGAGAAUCGAACGGUUGGUAUACGCAUAUGCCUUUAAAAACUAUACUCCAGAAACCAAUGAUACCCGGCUCAUUGCAACAAAUGCCAGAUUUGAUCCGAAUUCCAAGGAUUGGGUGAUCUUUUUUCGAAUCAAAGAAGCCCAGAAAGACGAACAAACCGUUUUCGAAACUUUGGACAAGUUACGACAGAUGGUACAGUUAUUUGAACUAGCCAACCCGUUUGUUGCCUUCCCACAUAGAGACAAAAUCUGGAUGAACUACUAUGCUGACAAACAAACAGUUCCGGUGUUUUCCAAAUAUAGGAUUAACCGAUUGUUAGAAACUAUAAACUUAUACUUGAACGCCUUGGUUGUCUAUUCUCCCGACCAGGUAAACAGUUUCUAUCGAACCUUCACACAUAACCGGAAAAGCAACAAACUGGCUUUUGAUACUAUUAAAGAUAUCAGUAAUGACCAAGAGAGGAUCAAGAAGUUGUUAGGGGAAGUGAUGCUUUCCAGUAUCCAAAUAACGGAAAUUGAGACCUUUUUAAACUAUACCUGGUCUGAUUUGGAAUUGUACAAAAAGCACAUCACCAAAAUAAAUAAGCUCCUAUCAGUAUAUGAUAUUAAAUUAACUGAUGCAAGAUGUAUCUCAGACAGGUUCCUCGUUAAGGUAGUAAGCAGUGGAGUUGUACCAUCCAUCCUUGAAACCAUGAAGUUUCAAUAUAUUGGUGGUCAUAGACAUACCAACUCAUAUUCGACGUUGUUCGAGUUUACUAAUUGGAUUGAAUUGGCUAUCGAAGAAUUAUUAAUAAGUGUUUCGAAAGUCUUAAUCAAGCUUGAUGCAUGGCGUGAAAUCUUUGGGAAAAUACAAGCCAUUAACACCGAGUUAAGGAAAUAUGAGAACAAAGCCCACCUUCACAGUCAUGAUCUUUCAACGGAAGAAGUCCCGGAAAAUGGUAGUACAAUAUCUCCCCAUCAUUCUUCUUCACCUGAAACCUCAACUCCAGCAGCAUUCUUCACCUUUGGACUUGAAAAUAAAAAGUCCAGGUACAAAAGAUUAUUGUUGUUGAAAGCAGAGGAAGUCAAAAACAUCAUGAGUUUGAACUCAGAGAUCAGACUCGACCACGAUACAAUUGCGUCUGAAACAUCCAAAUUUCUUAAAUUUAAGUCCAAAUUUCUCCUAUUUGGGAUUCAGCAAUUCACCCAUCACCAUCUUGUGCAACUUAGCCAAAGGCAGCAUCAACUCCAACGGUUACUUUCUUCUUGUAAGACUUAG